GAUCAAAGAUAUGAAGAAGUUUUACAACGACAACUUAAGUCACGUGCCUAUAUCUCCAUUGAAUGACAACGUCGAUGAAAAAUUACUUGACCUGUAUAUGCCGCCAAAAAUUUUCUCAAUGUGCAAGGACAAGGUGACCUUUACACAAAAGAACAAACGGGUGACGAAAUACAAAGAUGUGUUUCAAACAGAUAGCAAAAUGAACCGACGAAUAUUUCUUCAAGGUGAGGCGGGGUCAGGUAAAACAACAUUCUUGGCAAAGUUGGCCCUGGAAUGGUGUAAGUCCACGUCUAGUCAUAUGGAGUCUUCAAAAAACACCGAUUUAAAAGCAAUUGAUUUAGUGAUAUAUGAUCGAAAUAAGUUAACCACAUCCUCAACUUAUCAUGAACAAUCGGAUAUGCCAUGUGCAUCGUCUGCAACUAACGACGACUCGGAUACGUCAACUGCAUCCACUCAUCCAUUUGAUUUGGCAUCAUUUAUAACUACUAAAGAAUCUGCUAUUUCUAGCUCAUGCGAUUCUUCAUCAGGAGAUAGCAGAUCAAAUAUAUUUGCUGAUGUGGAUGCUCUUCAAGAUUAUAUUUUCGUAUUCUAUAUUACAUUGAGAAAUUCGGUAAAACAAUCCGACGUAUAUACCAUGAUCAAAGAACAAAUUAUAGACUCAAUUUACUCCCAGGACGACCGUGAGAAGGCGUACAGACUGGUGAAUGAGAUCAUGAAACGUGAACGUUGCUUGGUACUACUUGAUGGUCUAGAUGAGUGGGCCGGGUCUGGAGAUCAUCACAACCUACCGACACUGGUAUCAGUUUACAACCAAUGUGUGAUGUUAAUAACAACACGGCCUUGGAAAUUGGCUGAAGGUAAAGUUAAGCAUUCGGAAAUCGACGCAGUGUUUCAACUGGAAGGAAUAAAUGAGCCGUUUGAGCUAAGCAGAAUUAUUCUUAGUCGCUUAGUAGCUAAGGCAGAGCUUGAAAUAAAACAUAAAGCAUUUAAGCGUUACAUACGGAAUCAAAAGCUCCGCAAGUUGAUAUCAUCACCCAUGAUGCUCUCUGUAAUUGUAUGCUUAUAUGCAGAAGGAAUAGAACUUAAAGGCUCUAAGUGUGAAAUAUACAUCCUCUUACUGGAGAGUCUUUUUAAGAAAGCGAACAGUGAAAUGCGUACAUUUGAACAGUUUUCCUCUCCUUGCUUCAGAGGUACUCAAUACAUACAGCCCAAUAUAGAAAGUCUGAAUCGCCUUGCUGAAACGGCAUUUCAUUUGUUGUUUGUAAAUGCAAAAGAAAACUCACUAGUGUUUAAUAUUACAGAGUUGAAGAAAUUCAAGAUGGAUGAACGAAAACAACAGGACUUUGCGCUAAAGUCUGGAAUUUUAUCGGCAAAACUAACUGCCUCUACACUGCGAUCAUCGUCAUCAUUUAUGUUUAUCCACAAGAGCAUGCAGGAAUUCCUCGCGGCGUAUCAUAUCGCCUGCAAUACGAAUCUUAUUGAUGAUAUUAUUUCUAUCUACCUUAACCGUCACCCGAAAGCCUAUCUCGACAUAUCACAGGUGUUUAUAUUCCUGUGUGGACUAGAUGUAUCGUGUGCGGAAAAGCUAUCAAACAUGAUGAAUGAACGCGAUGAUUUAAAUACACGCGAGCAGCCAGACUGUCACCGAAUGUUUAAUAGAAUCAUACUCGAAGGAUAUAGAGAAGCUUAUGCAAACGGAUAUUCCGACAUUUCCCUUAAACUCAGUCACUUCUACUUCGAUAGGAACAAUAUCAUUGAUCUCCAUAAGAUUUGGGAAAAUAACGCGGCUAAUGCGAUUGUGUUGGAAGUUGACAUCGAUGACAUGAAACCGUUUGAAAACCGACGAACAUCACUUGCAAACGACGAGUGCGCAUCUCAGAUUACAUUUGACCUUCAUUCGUGCCUGGAGCUGAAAAUUGUUCGGCUUACUGGACGUUGCAUAUUGGUAAAAGAUUCUGCCAGUGUGGGCACAUUGGAAUUUCCGGUCUGCAUUAUUCUAGAUAUUGCCGAUCCAACCCAGUGCACAGAGCUUCCUCCUGUACUUCCCUCCAUCCAAGACAUUGACUUUACCCGUGUCACAUGUUCCUGUACCUGGCUACGCAGUCUGCUCAGCAUGAUGCUGACACGUAAUAGAUAUAUUGUCUGUUGGCUGAAUGACUGUCACUUAACUGCGUGUAGAGACGGCGAAGCAAACGCAUCAUACACGACUGGACACAUGAGUUUACAUUUCUUUCAAAACAAAUACUUAUCAAUAAGCCUAGAUGAUGAUACCGGUUUGUGGGAGAUUCUGCAUGGUCUGAGUAUAGUCCCUUUCGGUAACAUGAUUUCUCUCCCUUGAAAAGUAUACACAAGAGUUGUCGUUACUUUUUCGUCUACUUCCGAUGAGCAAAAUUAUUAUUCCGAAGUAGAGAUCCAGAAUUAUUGAGAAUAUAUAACACGUUUAUGUGUCAAAGUUGUCUAUAAUAGUUUCUUUUUUUAUUCAUAAUAUUGGACAUUAUACCGGACUUUAUUUGGCGUUUGAAAUAUAUAAAAAUUAUAGUGUUUUUAAAUCGUGUAAAUUAUGCGUACCGGUAUUUCUUCACGAGUGUUAAUUUAUUGUGUGUUGACAUUUGUUAGUGUUGUGGUAUGACCUCCUAUCGUAUAACAUGGUAAAUGUCGUCAAAAAAGUUACACACACAAUAUAUGGAGUACAACGUUAUUCUUAAUUACUAUGUAAAACAAUAAAAUAAAUUAAAUAAGAUAUACGCAUAUGGAUUAAUGACUGUUAAAAGACAAAUAUUUAAUAUAUAUAAUGUAUAUAAUUAAGUACAUACUAUAUUAUUAUAUACAUGUAUUAUUAAUUUCCUCUUAAACUGUUUUUGCAAUGUUUAAAAUAUAAGAAGUUGAAAGAAUUUGCAUGUACACAAAAACUCGCAAAUCAGAACGGGUAACCAAGUGUCAAUGGUCAUUCACAGUUUGCGGCAUUUGUUUUGAUAACGAAUUAGUAGAAAGCCCACAUAUGGUGUAAGAUGACACUUGUUGACACCUAUUGAUAAUUACUGGCGCAUUUUAAAAUAGGUACAUUAAAUUCGGAAGACUUAAACCGAAAUAAAUAAACAUGCUUUAUUCUAUGUGAUAUUAUUGAAAAGUAUAACUGAUUGAAUAUAUUAUUACGCAUUUUAUAAGCAUUAAAAAUAUAUUUAGCAAAGUUUAUAAUUUAUAAGCCGACUGCAUUACAAUGUCAAAUUUAUUUAACGUUGGCCACCUUUGAAAAUAUGGUUUUAAAUGUUCCUUUCUAAUUUUUCUAUAUAGCGGACAAACAAGUAAAAAGGUAUACUCGUUUUCUAUGGCAUGUCCGUUGCAAAACUUACAUUUUCUAUUUUCGCAUAGUAUCUUAUGAUAACGACCGCUUUCGAUUUCUAAUUUAUGUGACAAGUAUGAGGCGAAACAAUGAACCACCGCCUAGUUCCUGGCCACAAUACGGUGUUGUGCUGGAGUAAUGAACAUGUAUAUUUUAUGAUGUAGUUUAUAAUAUUUUGUAUUUUGUCACGUUGACUGUAUAUUCUAUGUAGUUUUUGUUGUAAAUGUA